AUGCGAGCUGUCCCAGCAUGGAGGGCAGCAACCGUGGUUCGGGCCUACGGCCUACGAUACCGAAGUUACUCUUCUGCUCCUCCAGCAUCCCCAAUUAAAGUCCAAUACCAACCGGCUGCUCACUCGGGCAACAUUCGCAUCCUGCUGCUGGACCGCCCGGAAGCAAGAAACGCCCUAUCGCAAGGCCUCAUUGCUGAGCUGAGGCGCCAUGUGGACGAAAUACAAGCGGAAGGAGGAAAGGGCUCAACGAGAGCGCUAAUCCUGGCUUCCAAUACAGACAAGGCAUUCUGCGCCGGAGCGGACCUGAGGGAGAGAAGGGGCAUGAGUUACGAAGAGACGAGGGCUUUCCUCACAAACAUGAGAAAUACCUUUACCGAUCUCUCGAAUCUUCCCAUCCCUACUAUCUCCGCCAUCUCGUCCGUAGCACUCGGCGGAGGGCUGGAGCUGGGGCUUUGCACGACUCUACGGGUGUUCGGGUCUUCAGCCAUCGUUGGCCAGCCAGAGACCAAGCUGGCCAUCAUCCCAGGGGCGGGAGGAACAUACAGACUGCCUGCAUUGAUCGGAGUCAGUAGGGCACGAGACCUCAUUCUGACGGGCAGAAGGGUCAGUGGGCCCGAGGCAUAUUUCCUCGGAUUGUGCAACAGGCUGGUAGAGAUCUUGCCGGAAGAUGAAAAGGAGGAAGGCAAGGCGCGUCAAAAGGUCCUCGAUGCUAGUAUACAACUUGCCCACGACAUUUGCGAGGGUGGUCCGGUUGCUGUGAUCCAGGCACUGCGAGCCGUCAAUGGAUGGCAGAGGGGAGAGGCUGCUGAGAACGAGGCAUAUGAGGUCAUUCUAAACACCAACGACAGAGUGGAAGCUCUGAAGGCCUUUGCAGAAAAGAGAAAGCCAGCAUUUAGAGGCUCUUGA